GUGUUCCUUUCCCCUCGUCCAAUCAGAGGCCGUCCUCCCUGGUGUCUGAAGUCAUCGGGAAUUAGCAGGAGCGGCUCGAAGACGGCGGACUAGCUGACCCCUCCUCCCGAGUUAGCUGCCGCGCGCUUCGGCCCAGCAGCAGGAGCGCGAGAGCUCCCUUGUUGUCUUCCUGCUUCUCCUCCUCCGCCCCUCCCCCGCCUUCUCUUGGACGAGUAAGGGCGCGAGCGUGGCUCAAAGCGGGAGGAAGAAAGUUACUCGGAGGGGGGGAAGAAAGGGGGCGGGACUACCGCGGUGGGCGAGGGAAGGAAGGAGCGAGCCUGCCUGAGGCUCAGUCUUAGCUUGACUGACGGAGUCGUGGUCGGGAUGGGGUGAAGCGGCUGGCGUGGCAGCAGCGUCGGACCGGAGAUUCCAAAAGAAGUUUACAUGGUGGAAUUAUUUUUGCAAACUGCACGAAGAAAUGUGAUUUAUUUUCAGAACUGAUAAGGAGAACAUUAACAUGAAAGAGUGACUGUAAUAUUUGCCAAGAAGUCUAUUUUUGCGGUGUAUCAGCUAUCUUAUUUAAAAAUACUCUUCUAAAGAAUGAUUUGCACUAAAUGGAAGGAAAACUGAAAUGCUUUGAAGACUGUCAACAAGAACUCUGCUCCUGAGGAAUAUUUUGAUUUAAUACAUUAGAACUGUGAGAGUUUCUUUUUUCAAUAAUUGGAGAUUUAAAAAACAACAAAAACAAAAACUAUUCUCAAGCAGAAGUAGGAUUGAUGUACUGGGACCUGAAGAGCUGCAGCACUAUCUGAAUGCCCUAGUUCUAAGGCAAUUGUCAGAAGUUUUUAUUUGCCUUGCUCUGUUCAGAAUACUUAAAUCUUUAAACCAUAUAUUUGUUUCCUAAAUAAUGGCGUGGGUAAAGUUCUUGAGAAAACCCGGAGGAAAUCUUGGAAAAGGAUAUCAACCUGGAAGUGUGAUGUCUUUGGCUCCUACCAAAGGCUUGUUGAAUGAGCCAGGGCAAAAUAGCUGCUUUCUUAACAGUGCUGUUCAGGUUUUAUGGCAACUUGACAUAUUCCGACGAAGCUUGAGAGGUCUCACUGGCCAUGUUUGUCAGGGAGAUGCCUGCAUAUUUUGUGCUUUAAAGGCAAUAUUUGCACAGUUCCAGCACAGUCGAGAAAAAGCACUACCGUCAAAUAAUAUGAGGCAUGCCUUGGCUGAAAGUUUUAAAGAUGAGCAGCGUUUUCAGCUUGGGUUGAUGGAUGAUGCAGCAGAAUGUUUUGAAAAUAUACUUGAGAGGAUUCACUAUCACAUAGUGCCAAGCAGUGAAACAGAUAUGUGCACUUCUAAAUCCUGCAUUACUCAUCAGAAGUUUGCUAUGACGCUAUAUGAACAGUGUGUUUGUCGCAGUUGUGGGGCAUCUUCAGAUCCUUUGCCUUUCACAGAAUUUGUGCGUUAUAUUUCAACAACAGCCUUGUGCAAUGAAGUUGAUAGGAUGUUGGAAAGACAUGAGCGACUCAAACCUGAAAUGUUUGCAGAAUUGCUUCAGGCUGCAAAUACUACGGAUGACUUCAGAAACUGUCCUAGUAACUGUGGCCAAAAGAUAAAAAUACGUCGUGUUCUAAUGAACUGCCCUGAAAUUGUCACAAUUGGUUUAGUCUGGGAUUCAGAACAUUCUGACCUAACAGAAGAUGUCAUCCGUAAUCUGGCAACACAGCUGUAUCUUCCAGGGUUGUUCUAUAGAGUUACUGAUGAACAUGCCAAAAAUAGUGAACUUUUUCUUGUGGGGAUGAUUUGCUAUGCAAGCAAACAUUACUGUGCCUUUGCUUUUCAUACUAAGAGUUGCAAAUGGGUGCUGUUUGAUGAUGCUAAUGUGAAAGAGGUUGGAACAAAAUGGAAAGAUGUAGUGUCCAAAUGCAUUCGGUGUCAUUUUCAACCAUUGCUGCUAUUUUAUGCAAACCCGGAUGGUACACCUGUAUCAACAGAAGAUGCACCCAGGCAGAUAAUUCAUUGGUCACACUACAAAGCAGGAAAUGGAGAAGAACUUGGAUUUGAAAAAUCAACUUUUCACAUGUCAGAUGAUAUAAAAGAAAAUGGGUUUGGAGAAUCUGUUACUCAGAAGAGCAACAAAAAAUAUCAACCAGAAAACCCACCAUUCAGUAGGAACCAUAUUCAAUCAAGUACUGUCAAUAGGCCAGGCAAGUUGGUGCAUAGUGAGCACAAGGAAAAAGCAAAGGAUAUUUCCAGAGAGUGUGCUCAAAAGGUUGCUGAGAUGAAAAAUUUCUCAUCAGCUAGAAAAGAUGCAGACAGAGGAUCAAAAAGAGAGGCUGGGAAACAAAGAGAGCUGUUUGGAGAAACCCACAGUAAUUUUAAGCCAGGAUCACCACCUUCUGGAAAUGGAUUUCGAUCACACUCUAAUGAACGCAUAUAUAAUAGCCAGGGAAGAGGACCUUAUAAACAUGACAAGAUACACAACCAAAUAAGGUCUGGCUUUCAGGCACUGGGAUCAAAUAAAACCAAUGGCUUUCCUGAUGGAGAGAAGGUGAGCCGUGUGAAGGCUGACAGUAUUGUUGGUUAUGACACAGAUAGUAGCCAAGACUCUAAGGAUAAAGGAAGUGUCAGUAGCAGUAAAAGUCGAAGCAGAGGUUGGAAGCCCAUGCGGGAAACACUCAAUGUAGACAGUAUCUUUAAUGAUACUGAGAAAAAAGAGCAUAGUUCAAAACCCAAACUAAAUGCAAGCAGCAAAUCUAAACAUGAAAAGGAGCAGAGUCCAAACAACUGGCCAAAAGAAAAUGCAAAUCAAAAAGGCUUAAUGACCAUCUAUGAAGAUGAAACUAAACAGAUGGGCAGCCGAAACUCCUUGGAUUCAGAAGGCAAAGGAAAUUCAGAAAAAGGCAAAGGCUUUACUGAGAGAAAAAUUCACACUGAUGGUUGGCAGAUACAAAGGACUGAGUCUGGUUAUGAAAGCAGUGAUCAUAUCAGCAAUGCAUCUGCUAAUCUGGAUUCACCUGUCAUUGAAGGAACCAGCCCCGUGGACACAACCAUGAAAGAAACAGUUCCUUGCAGUGAACAGAAUCUAUCUGCCAGAUAUCCUGCAUGUGUCUUGCAAUCUACCACCCAGCAGAAUAAAGACUCUUUAGAUGCCUUGAAGAAAGACCUGAUUAAUACCCAGUUUAACUACAGAACUCAUAAUCCCCAAUCAGCAUCCCAUUUGCAGAUGCAAUGUCCACCAUUGAAAAGGAUUGACGUGCCUGAUUGUAAUAAGAAGUUUCCCCAUUCAUUAACACUACAAACCACAUCAAAAGACUACACUGAGAGAGAGAUGAAGAACUGUGGAUUAAGUGAGCAGAGCUCACAGUGGUUUAAUCAAGAUAUGCUUGAAGAAACUAAUGUUCACAUAGCAGCUGACAGUUCCGCUUGCUGUUAUAAUGAUGGUAAUUUAGUUAUAUCUGAAAAGUUUCAGAGCAUUAGUCUGUCUUCCCACUUGCCUCCUUCAAAGACAGGUAGAUCCAGACCGGCACUUGCAUUUUUCUUGCAGCAGAAUAUAUCAAAACCUUCCUAUACUGAAUCAGUUCAGCCUGCUGAACAUAAAGUACAUUUGUAUAGUGGCAAGGCUGAUGAUACGCCAGAAGCAAUUUACCAAAAUCUUCCUCCUCCUUUACCUCCAAAGAAAUAUGCUCUGACUAGUUUCCAUGGAUUAGAACAUGAAUCCACUGUGGAUUUAAUACCAACAGAAAUACUGCACUCUAAUCCUUCAGGUGUUGAAAAGCAUGCUGUAAGUGUUACUCCAAAAUCUACAUUUGAAACAAGUCCAUUUACAAAUGAAGAAAGAAUUAAAGCAACAUUUCAAGGGAGCGAGACCUGCAGGGCCAACCUUCCAUCUAGUUUAUCAGUAAAUGAUUUGUGGACUGUGUCCAGCAAUCCUACAAAUAAAGGUGUGUCCCACAAAGGACUAAGUGCUAGCUCUCUGGAUGCAAACGCAAAUGAUAUUAUAUCACUUACUACUUAUUUUUCAGUUGAUAAUUGUAUGACCGACACAUACAGGAUGAAAUAUCACCAAAGACCCAGACUAUAUUUUGCAGAUACUGGUGUAUUGAACAAAGAAAGAUGUAUACCACCAGCUGGGAUGCCACUGAACACUUCAUACCAUAACACUUCUGAUUCAGAGUAUCCCACAGCUGAGCAGAAACAUAAACUUAACAUUGAAAAUGUGCAUUGCAAUAGGUAAAGGCUCUCAUAAACUGAGCAUAAUCCUUGGCACUCUUAACAUGAGGCAAUGCUUAGGUUGUCUUUACCUCACCCAUACUUCAUUACAAAGUUACUGCUAUUUCCUCAGUGUGUUUGCACAUGCAUGUAUGUCAAGAAAGAUGCAAAGACUUCUGGUCCUAUGUUCAUGGAAUUUUUGCUGCUCUGCUUUAAUAAGGUUUGCACCUGUUAUAAGCAAAUAGGGAGUUGUUUAGCCUGUUACACUUUGAAAUUUGAAUUUCAAAGCAAUCCCAUUUAAAUAAGUAUUUAUUUAAUAACUGGGAAUAGUCUGCUUUUGCAAGUAAUUAAAGCUGCUCCUUUAACUCAAUUUAAUUUAGAACAUGUUCUCAAGAUUACUGUACAGAUUGGCUUGGAUUGAUUAAGGUAUUCACAGUUGCAAAGGGUUUCCUGUCUUGCUCUUCAU